UCCUCAUCUCCCAAAGCCAAUUCCAUCCUUUGCCUAUGUUUCCUCAGCCCGUUCCCACCUGGACACUAUCUCCUCGAGGUCAUACUUCCAUUUCCGUUUCCGUUCAGAAAAAGGAAAAAGCCAUUUGGUUGCCAAGGAGACAGACCCAGGACCUUAAAAGGUGAAGCGAGAACUGAGACUGCUCUGUUUGAGGCAGUGAUCGUUCGCUUCCCCGCCCUUCCUCUUGAUGUAAGGGAUAGUGCUAAGCUUUACUCUUAGCUACGCCCUCGUAGAAAGACUAAAGUGUUUCACGUGCUAGGAAGGGAUAGGAGCUGGCCAUCAACCACAAGAAUCGGCUGGAAGUCGUUAUGGCAACGAAGCAAAAGAGCUCACGUCAUUCUGGAAGUUGUAGUCCUUUGGGUCUCUGAGCGCAGGCGCUCUCUCGACACGGGUCUGAGGAUGCGUGCGCGUGCCCGUCGCCAUGAUUGGUGGUUCUCCCCGAAUCAGUUCCUUAUCUGAGGUCAGUCCGGGUCCCAGUGCCAGCAGUCCUGCACAUAAUCUAGUUAUCUAGCUUGGUGCGUCAAAGGAAGGGUUCCUGUUGAAGAGACAAAGAUGCCAGCCCCUGAAUGAAAAUCUCAGAUAAUGUGACUUUACCUUUGAGGCCCUUAGACCCUCUGUAAAUAAAUCGGAAUCGGCUCAAAAACAGAUCCAUUUGGCCUUAGACCUUUGGCAAAAAAGUUCAAGAAGGAGCUGAUCCUUGAGUGGUUAAUCAAUUUAUAACCAUCUUGCCUGGCUAAAGAGGACUGGAGUGAUUUAAGAAUAUCUAGAAUAGGAAGUGUGACUUAAAGGAUCUGACCCAAAUGCUUGGGGAGAAAGUUCUCUCUUCUCAGGAAUAUGCACUUAUCCAAGACAGAAACUCUGAGGAGCCAAGAAAAACCUCUGAAUUCUUUACAGCCAGGUUCCAGGAAUCACUGACAUUCAAGGAUGUGGCUGUGGACUUCACCUAUGAGGAAUGGCAACAACUGAACCCUGAUCAGAGAUACUUAUAUAGAGAUGUAAUGCUUGAGAACUAUAAGAACCUAGUCUUUUUAGGGCAUCAGAUUUCCAAACCAGAUGUCAUUUCCCAGUUGGAGCAAGGAAAAGAGCCUUGGCCAAUAGAAAGAGAAAUCUUCACAUAUUCUUGCCGAGACUGGGAGACCAAGAACAAAACCAAGGAAUCAACUCCAAAACAAGAUGUUUCUGAGGCAGAAUCAUCCCAGAAAAUAACAUUGGAAAAAUUCACAAGGGAUGGUAUCUGGUAUUCUGAGCUAGAAGAAAUUGCUUCCCAAUUUAGAUUAGAGCAGAAUAUCAAAGAGGCAGAGCUGAGACAAAUUACAGUUUCCCAAACAAAGAUAAUCCCUAGAGAAACAAAUCAUAAGUAUAAUGAAUAUAAUCUGAUUGCAGAACAAAUUGUUCCUUCAAAAGAAAUUGCUCAUAAGUAUGAUAUAUAUAGGAAAAUCUAUUAUAAUUCUCAAUUAUUUGAACAUCAAAAAAUCUGUAUAGAGAAAAAGAUCUUUGAGUGUAAUGAAUGUGGGAAAGCAUUUACUAAGAGUACAAUCCUUAAAAACCACCAGAGAAUCCACACAGGUGAAAAACCCUAUAAGUGUAAUGAAUGUGAAAAAGCCUUCAGACUUCGUGGAAACCUUACUCGACAUAAUAGAGUUCAUACAGGAGAGAAGCCCUAUGAAUGUACUGAAUGUGGGAAAGCUUUCAGGCUUCGUGGAAACCUUAAUCAACAUAAAAGAAUUCAUACUGGGGAGAAACCCUAUGAAUGUACUGAAUGUGGGAAAGCCUUCAGAUUAUAUGCACACCUUACUCAGCAUAAAAGAAUUCAUACUGGAGAGAAGCCUUAUGAAUGUAAUGAAUGUGGGAAAACUUUUAGACUGCAAGGACAUCUUACUAAACAUAAGAGCAUCCAUCCUGGAAAGAAACCCUAUAAAUGUAGUGAUUGUGAUAAGACUUUCAGUAAGGGGUCUCUCCUAGUGAGUCAUCAGAGAGUCCAUACUGGAGAGGAACCCCAUAAAUGUAAUGAAUGUGGGAAAGCCUUCAGUUCACGUGCUAGCCUUACUCAACAUAAAAGAAUUCAUACUGGAGAGAAACCUUAUGAAUGUAAUGAAUGUGGAAAAGCCUUCAGCCAGAAUGUAUGCCUUACUCAACAUAAGACCAUCCAUACAGGAGAAAAACCUUAUGAAUGUAAUCAAUGUGGGAAAGCUUUCAGUCAGAACAGACAUUUAAAUCGACAUCAGAGAAUUCAUACAGGAGAGAAACCAUAUAAAUGUGAUGAUUGUGGUAAAUCAUUUAGUAAUGGUGAAUUCCUUAGGCAACAUCAGAGAGUUCAUACUGGAGAGAAACCUUACAAUUGUAAUGAAUGUGGAAAAGCCUUUCGACUUCGUGUACAUCUUACUAGACACAGGAGCAUUCAUACUGGAGAAAAACCCUACAAAUGUAAUGAAUGUGGGAAAACUUUUCGUCUGAGUACACACCUAACUCAGCAUAAAACCAUUCAUACUGGAGAGAAACCCUACAAAUGUAAUGAAUGUGGGAAAACCUUCCGAUUAAGUACAGACUGUACUCAACAUCAGAGAAUUCAUACAGGAGAAAGACCUUAUGCAUGUAAUGAAUGUGGGAAAGCAUUUUGGGAUAGGUCAUCUUUUACUAAACAUCAGAAAAUUCAUACUGGAGAAAAACCCUAUGAAUGUAAUGAAUGUGGAAAAGCCUUCAUUCAGAGUUCAUCCUUUAUUCAACAUUGUAUUACUCAUACUGGAGAGAAACCUUAUGAAUGUAGUACAUGUGGGAAAGCCUUUAGCCUUCAUGCAAACCUUAUUCGACAUCAGAGAAUUCACACUGGGGAAAAACCUUAUAAAUGUGAUCACUGUGGGAAUGUCUUCAGGCACAGUUCAACUCUAAUAAGACAUCAGAGACUUCACAGUGUAGAGUAGUACUAGAAAUUUAGUGAGUGAAGGGAAAGCUUUUGUUUGAUGUUUUUUAUUAAGAUACCCUAUGGCCAUCAAGUUACUAUUGUCAGCAGCUAUAAUUUUGUUUGGUUUGUUUUCUUGAGACAUGCUUCCUUUUACAUUGUUCACUCAUUGUAUUUCAUGUGGAAGAGGAAUUGGCUUGUUAUACUUCGCUCCUGAAAGCAAGACUAAGAGAAGUGGUUGAAAGUUACAGAAGCAGAAUUUUUGCUGGCAGUAAGGAAACAUUUCCAAAUAAUUAAAGCUAUCUAAAAGCAUAAUUAGCUAGCUUAGCAGAGCUCAUUAGAAAUUGUUCAGUAAAAAUCUUCUAGUGAAGGCUUUAUGGCCAUUUGGUAAUGGGAGUGAUAGAGGUCACUAUCAAAUCUGGAUUGACCCAGCUGACCUGAAAGUUCUCCUUUCAACAUCAAAAUUCUGUGGUCUCCCUACCUGUUUCUCUCUUCUAUAAGAUAUAACUGUGAAAAUAAUAUUUCUAAUCCAUUGGUCUGAUCAUAGAGGCCAAAUAAUGUGUUCUGACCACAUCAUUUCCAAACUAUUAGUUGUACUCUUCCACCUCUUUACAUUUAUGCAUUCCAUCCUUCAUACCGCAAAUAUAUUCCCACCUCAUCUCUACUUUUCGAAACCCCACUUUUCUUUUAAAUCUUCAACUCUGAAGCCACUUUUAUAAGAAAAGUUUUCCUCAAAGCCUUUCUUCUCCAAUCUCUACAAAGUUGCCCCUCAAUCUUCAAAAUUUUCAGACACCUUUUUUCAGGAAUCACAUUUAUACUUUUAUUACAUUUUACCUGGUAUCAUAUUUCUUUGUUAUUUUUCCCUCUGUUAUAUAUUGUAAGCUUCUUGAGAGCUCCUUUAUAUUCUCAAAACUCAGCACAGUACCUUGCAGAUAGUAGGUGCUUAAUAAAUAUUUGUUGAAUUUAAUUGAAUUACCAAAGUUGGCGAUACCAGAUAUCCAUGAUCUGUGCUUUAGAUGAGGAGCCCAGGUUUGACCCAUAAUACAGCUAAAUCUGGGUAUGAAUAAAAAAAGGGAAUAUUUGAAAAGGCAGAAGGCAAUGGAAACUAAAGUAGUGGGAGCUAAUCAG